AUGGAAUGGAUGAAGAACACGAUGUUGUUGUUCGCUGUGCGGCAAGUUCUUGGUCGUGUUGUGAAGAACAUUCAAAGUGAUCAGUUAGAGAAAAUCGAGCGCUCAAAGGACAGAAUGGGCUUUACCUUUGAGUUUUCCCAUCUUGAGUUGAAUGAGGCGUUCAUCAAUAAUUCACUUCUUGGGGCCUUUGCUCAGCCUCCUGUGACCUCGCCGUCCUCUGGUGCACCGUCGACGCCUUCAUCGUCAUCAUUACCAUCAUCAAGUUUGGUGCGCCUUGUGCGCGGCUACGUGAACAGUCUUUGCGGGAGUCUGAGUGUCAAACCAAAUGGGCAGCGAAGGAUAGAGGUUCACGGCCUGCAGCUCGUGUUCGAUGUCAUCCCAAAGACGGAAUGCGCUGUUCCAAAGGACCGCCGUGGGUGCCAAAGGAGUGCCCCCAAAGGGGCUGCAGGGGGGAACUUCGAUGGCGGUUCAUAUGAUGCCAUGUACUCCUCCCUCUUUAUGAGCGGCGAGUUGCGCAGAGAGGUCGAGGAAGUUGUUGUGCGUCCUGCCCUGGGCGCGACGAACCCCUUUGCAAACCAGAAGUCAGCGCUGCCGCAGAGGAUCAGCGAAGGGCUUGAGGUGUUUGAGCGCGCCAUUAAACAGCUCGCACACAGUGUGAGUGGCUGUAUAAGGGAUGUGAGUAUCAUUCUGCGCAUUCCACCCCUGGGCCAACAGAUAAAGCCGGGGGAGGAGCCACCGGAAGGAAGUUUGGAGCUGCUCGUGUCCUUCGAAGGCGGCUUUGAGCUAGAGGACAUGCAUACCAACCCCGACAGCGAUGUUGCGUACAAGCGCAUUCGAUUCUCUUGUCUCCGUGCGGCAGUGUACCCGUACGGGCAGCGGCGCAGCAAACAUACCACUGAUGACCUGGAGGAGGAGUCUGUCGACCUCGCGGAUGUGUUUCUAUGUAGUGGGCGAUCAGAUGAUUUCAACGACAGCAUCAGGCUGCAGUUUAGCGAGGGCCGCAGUGCAACGCGGGGGCCGGAGGCAUCUCUCAACGCUGGAGCCCAGACGAAAUCCAUCUUCCUUAUACUCUCCCCGACCCAGCUGAGCCGUCUAGUACAUGUUGCCCGUGCGUUGGUUGGCGCACCGGAGAAGAAAAAUGACAAAAAUGGAGACGGUAUAGAAGUGGCACCAGCAGCAGCAGCGGCGGCGGCGGCGGCGGCGGCGGCGGCGAUGGAACCUUGUGGAGUGCGACUCACCACGGUGGUCAAGAUGACGUGUCAGUUCAUUUCGUGCACGCUUCUUCGAGCUGAUGACCGGCAGGGUACAAAGGAUUUCUGGCAGCAACUUCAGGAUAACAAUGAGGAAUGGUGCUCUGACAAAGAGCAGCUGACGUCGCAGCAACAUCGAAUAAUAUUGCAACGUCUUCUUCACCGCGUGGGAUUUUACAACAUGUACGUUAAAGGCAUCAUGUUUUUGGUUCAGCCAGAGACAUCUCCUACAAACCGCAGCGAUGAUGCGUUUCAUGACGUGUUUGAAAAACACGGAGGGCGCGGUUGCUCUGCUGGAAUCAGUGCCCUUGAAAUUUACGAGUGUCACUUCAAAAGCAGCCACGGCGACGACAAGAGUAAAGAAGGGACCAGCAAGGACUCUUCCAUUGAAGAAACUGAAGGGGGUCGACUCAUUUUCACGACACGAGAGAAUGAUGAAACUAACACUGAGCGACACUACCGCAUUGCCAUUAUCGCGCGAACCACGUACCCCCUAACGCCGGAGGAGGCGCGCGUCUUCGAUCAAAGUCUGAUGAAUGAAAAAAAACACGUGAUUGCCGUCGUGCUAGAGCACAUUCUUGUAAUGACAUCAGGUGCUGUCAUAUUGGGAGAAUUGGACGCCGGCGUCCUUGAGAGGCUGGGUACCUUUUGGGCUCAACUGCGUCAUAUUUUGGACGCAGCUCCAGGGGCAAGGCUGGCACGACAGCGGCAAGGAGAGGAGUUCAAUGCCUUUGCAUCGAUGAUGUCCCCACUGCGGAAAAUACCGUCGGAGAGGAUGGAUCGCUACGAGCAGCUUGUGGAUGAGGAACAGUUUACACAUCUCACAGUGGAACAAUUGGUGGAGGAAGAGACUGGAGAUUCCUGCAACCAGGUUAGGGUGGUUGCGCCCUAUGAGUUCCUACGCCUCUUUACAUUGAAGCUGGAAGGUGUCUCAGUGGAAAUGAAAUUUCCGACGUCUAAGGCGCCCAAGGCGGACUACUAUGGGCCUCUCACACGCCGACUGUGGGAACACCUGCGGGAGGAAGGUGAAGCGUUGGCCGAAUCAGCUGUCACGAACAGUUUGGGGGGCGUGGAUGGUCCCUAUCUUCCACUGACGAUGUGUAUUUAUCUAAAGACACUCGAUGUGUCAGUGGGUAGUGGCGGGGUUCUGGAGGUGUUUCUAGGGGAAGGACAGCUGACCCUGCAAGACUACAAGGAAGGUGUACAAAGCAACAUCAUCCACUGUGUGUUCGAUACAGAAGGCAAGGAGCCCUGCAUCGCCGUCCGACAACGGCAGUCACUGGAACCAGGUGUAAGAUGGAGAGUCCCAAAGAAGGCCAUCGCCCCCUUUACGGAAGAGUAUGAAGAAGAAGAGCAUCAAGUUGAGAGCAACAGUCUGAUCUCUGUGGUGGCGAAUGUGCAUCACGUCGAUGCCCAGCUCCAUCAAGACGAGUUGCUUCUAAUCUUUUUCUACCUUGAUGAAACAAUGGAGGCGGUGGACAGAUUGUGCACCCUGAUAGGACUUCCGUCCAGUGGCGUUGACAGCAGUGAUAAAAGCAUCAGCAAAAUAAGCGAGUUGGGGACUGCAUCACUAUCUAGCAAUGUGUUUCAGAUGUCUGACGAUUGCACACAGCGUAGCAGCCUUACUUCGGAUCCUAUUCUCACCAGCAUCAACAUCCGACUGAGAGUGGAGAAAGGAACCGUGUCACUAUGGUCACCACGGCUCUCUUCUGCAGGUGUCAGCAUUGGAGAACCACUCUGGCGCUGCAUCCCACUAAAGGAUCGGCGUUCCAUUGACAAGACACACCUGUACCACCUUUACGACGUGAUGGUUUCGAAGGUCACCGUAUUUGCCUUUCAUCAGGCAUCCGUUGGGCUCGUCAAGACAGUGAUGCACGUCGCGGCGACUGACUUCUACUUCAGAGAGCGGCUUGCUCAAGCAAGAUUGGCGUACGCUGAUUUCCCGUGGCCGGCUGAACAUGUCUCUUCGCCCAACUGGGGUGGCAGCACGACGUUUCUGCAGAGUUACGCAGCUCUGUAUAACAGGGCAAACAACGUCCGAAUACGCCGACACGAGAGGGGGACUACGCAAGAAACGCGUCAGCGCCAUGCCGCCGGCCUGUCGCUCUGCCGCCACCGCAACUUGAAGGAUCACACUGAAAAAUACGAUGUGGCUGUGCAACUGGAUCGUAUCUGUCUGACGCACCAGACAGCACAUGAGGGUGAUCAUUGGCUGUUUGUACUCACAAACUUCUUUUCCGACCCCAGUCAAGAUGACCUCAGCUUGGCUGUAGCCCAGAAGUACACCGCAGGGUUGCCCUCUGUAGAAGAUGGCAUUGAUGCGCGAAGCGAUGAUGGUGUUGCCAUAGCAACAUCUGCAAAAAUAAGCGUCACGCUUAUCGAUACACUUGUGGAGUACAGGCCGUUUGGGAAAUACUCUAUGCUUGUCUGUCUGGCAUCCCGUCUUGAUGUUGUCGUGGUUUUGCCAAGCCUGUUGGCAGAAACGACAACCACAGUAAAGGUAUACCUUGGAAAGGAGCCUGUGUCCGUCUUCCUUCACAAUAAUUUUCAACAUAACUUGAUGGAUUACGAUCGUGACGCUGGGCUCAACUCACUGUUUGGCACCAGUGAACGGGGCGUUGCCGCAGACCUCAAGGAACUUGGCUACGUGGAAGUAUUGGGUAUUGCACGGGCUAAAGGAGGCAACACUAGCAGUAGAAGCAGCAGCGGCAACGUUGGGGAAAGGGGAGGAGGAGGAGAAGACGGGGUUGGUGAUGUUGCUGGCACUGGUGUUAGCGAAGAAGGCAGCAAUGCUGAGGAAAACGAUAUGGCCAAUAUUUCUCUCUUUGUCAAUGUGAAACCCGACAAGCCAGUGUUCAUUGAAGUGCAGAACCUCCGUGCAUCCAUGUUUUUUGCACAAGACUCUCUGUACUAUUUCCGUACACUGGUUUCACACUACCUUGGCGGCGUUGACCUCCUUUACUUGCCCUCACCGCACCUCCUCGUGCAGCACAGUGGACCCCAUUUCAAUCAUAUUGUUCGUGUGGAGUUGACGAAGGAGCGGACGGCAGCAACGGUGCACCGUCUCGUGCCAGAUUACGAGGCGUGUCUCCAUCGCCUAUUAGGUAGCUCGGUGUUCAGUGUUUCCACUACGGAAGCACGACGUGAAGGGAUUCUGGGGGCGACGAGUGGGCCUAAACGAUGCACCACAGUAGCUUCCUUCGCAGACUUUGAUGUUAUUGAUCAAAGCGAAUAUUCCCCUCCCCCGGAGGUGAAGUGGACAACACGCGAAGAUGUAUCCAUUGACUUGACUAAAUGUUGCACACAUUUAAACUUUCUCUCAGUAUACAACACCAUUGAGAGGGAGUCCGACUCGUUGCCAGCAUGGAUAUAUAACGCAAGGCAUGCCCCACGCAAAAUACCGGCAAGCAGCCCAGUGGCGGUGGAAUUCCAUCUCCAUGACUGUGACGUCAUUGCGCACCUCUACGGUGGUGAGGACUUUAUCCACACGGGCGUCCCUCAGAGUUAUCUCCACACCAUUCAACGCUUUGGUACGCAUGAAGAUGGUGGUCAGGAGGUCUCAGGGCUCUGGAGCGGCAUGGACUCUGACUCGGAGCUGCAAAGAGGACGCCGCGAUGGGCGACGCAGGGGCUUCCUCGGUGUUGGGCGACGGCAGGACGAGUAUGUUGUUGGCCGCUUUACUGGCCUCCGGCUCCAGGUGGAUGUGUUUGUUCCGGGUAAAACACAAUUCAUGCAGGUGCACCUGGCUCUUCGGGAUGGUGAGGUGGUGGACUGCAUCGAGGGGAGUUCAGUACGUACGCUCUUCAUGGCCACACUGCCGCAAUACCUCCGCGAUCACGACAGUGACCUGAUCGAGGUGAAGUGGACGACACUUCUGCCGAGGACAGCCACCCCUAACGCAGGGACGGUGGUUGUUGGGAAACCGGAGGAGGAAGUUAUUGUGCGGUUGCAACCUGUCACUGUUGCGCUGCACCGUCGUGCUAUGAGCCUCCUCCCAAGGUUCAUCGAGAUUCCCGAGAGUUUGACGGAUGAAAAUGGCAUUGUGGAUACGACGCAGACUCAGGCGCAACAGCUCUUCUUUAGCAAGAUUAUCUUUUUUCCAGUGAGAGUGACACUCUACGUGCAUUUUGAGGGCAAAGACGCCUCCACUGCUGUUUGCGGGGACAUGUUCGAGCUCUGCAAUUUUUGUUUACCGUCGCUGGAACGGUCCGAGUUGCAGGUGCCGCUGCUCCUAAUCACCGCGUGCCCCAUGGACAGGCUUGGCGACCGCAUUCUCGAGCUUCUGCAGGAAGAGUUACUCAAGUUCCGUGGCCUAUUCCGCCUUUGCUGUGGGGUUCAGCCGCUGCAGAUGGUGUCUAACGUUGGGGUGGCAGGCAUGGAGGUGCUCUUCUCCCCGCUUAAUGACCACCGGCGUAACAAGCGAUUUUUCUCUGCUCUCUCCCGCGCAUUUCGUCACUUUUUGUUCGUAUUGGUCUCACAGUCAUUGCACAGCAUCACGGUGGUGUCAGUGCAGGCGCACAAUGCGACAGCCAGUUGCUUGUCAACCCUGGUGCCAGCAAGCACGGUGAGGGUCAUAUCUCGUGGUUCACAGCCGGUGAGUCUUCUUGACGGCCUGAGGCGUGGUUUCGAGGAGUUUCUGCAGGGAUUUCGCUCUGCCUCGGACAUUGCCGCCUAUUGUCUGGGCCCGCACGGAAGUCCGGUGCGGCUGCCACUGAUGGCUCCUGCUGUGAUGGACGGAUUUGUACGCGGGGCGAUAGAGGUGUUGCGUGGGGUGCGCAACUCCGUCGCGCCGGAGCUGUAUGAAAACGAGAAAAGGAUCUUUAAGGGCAACCGGCGAAGGGCCACAUAG